AUGGCAGGCCUGGCUUCGCUGUCGUCUUCAAACUUCCUGCGCUCACUGGGGCGCCCCAACACUGGAGCCCUCUUUGGCAUUCCUUCCGCACUCGAGCAGCAGACGCGGAACUUCGGAGCGGGCGAUCUGAAGAUCGUCGCAGCUCGCAUGAAGUCCGUCAAAUCCAUUCAAAAGAUAACGAAAGCCAUGAAAAUGGUUGCCGCCUCGAAGCUUCGCAUGGAUCAGAGGCGCCUGGAGCACGGUCUGCCCUUUGCCACACCCAUCUCCAAACUCAUUCAGCGCAUCCCAGUCGACUCGAACGAGAAGGGCGACUUGGCGAUCCUCGCUCUCUCCUCCGACAAGGGUCUGUGCGGCGGCGUCAACACCUUCGUGGCGAAGCAGGUGCGCACGCUCAUCAAGGAGAACGAACUCUCGGGCAACUCCGUGCAGAUCUACGGCGUCGGCGACAAGAUCCGCUCGGCGCUGCAGCGCACGUUUGGCGACCGGUUCCGCCGCAUGAUGACGGAAGUGACGCGAUUCCCCUGGAACUUCACUCAGGCCUGCCUUGUCUCCGAGCGACUCAUGCAGGACAACCCGGCGCGGCUCAUGGUUGUCUACAAUCACUUUAAGUCCGCGGUGGCCUACGACACGCUGACGCUCAACAUACUGACGCCCAUCCAGGCUACGCAGAGCGCCAAGGAGCAACUGAACGCCUUCGAGUUCGAGCCCGAGCGCGCGGACGUCUGGAAGGAUCUUCACGACUUCUACUACGCCUCCACCGUCUUCGGCUGCAUGCUAGACAACGUCGCCUCUGAGCAGAGCGCGCGCAUGAGCGCCAUGGACAACGCGUCAACGAACGCCGGAGAUAUGAUUUCUGCCUUGACGCUUCGCUUCAACCGCGCGCGACAGGCGAAAAUUACCACAGAGCUUGUUGAAAUUAUUUCCGGUGCAAAUGCACUGGAGUGA